AUGGCUUCCACUAUCCUCUUUGACCCACCCAAGGCGGUGGUCUCCCAACUUAAUCGCUCCACAAAAUCGGAUCCUCGCCCAAUAGUCGUGAUGACUUGUGGGCUCGCAGGAUCUGGCAAAUCUACUCUUUCCAAAUGGAUUAUUUCCAACUACCAGUCCUUCCAACGCCUUUCAAUCGACGCUUGGAUUUACAAAAAUUAUGGUCUCUGGGGCAAGGAUUACCCUGCCGAAAAGUACAGCGCCUAUCAAGACGAAGCAGAAGCUGCGCUACGAUCUGAGUUUAUUUUCUUACUUCGAGAAGGAAAUCAUAACGUGGUACUAGACUUUUCUUUUGCGUUCCGCGAAACUCGAGACGAAUGGAAACAUAUCGCCGAGUCGAAUGGGGCUCGCUGGGUUCUAUUUUAUCUUGAUGUUGAAGCUGAUGAGUUGCGCCGACGAGUGAGGGCCAGGAACUCGUUGGAGAUGAAAGACGGCGAUUCGGCCUUCUUUGUAACGGAGAAGAUACUUGAAGGGUACCUUACAGGAUUUGAGAGGCCGGAUGGAGAAGGCGAAAUUGUUCUGAGAGAAGGAAAGUCUAACUAG